CCAACGUCAGUUCAACCAGGAUCAAUCCCACCAGCUCAUCCGUUCGCUACCUUCUCUUUCCUCUCACUCUCUGUGCUGUAUCUUCACAUGUGCUGCUGCAGUCUGUGGUGGAGUCACGGUCCUUUUCUCGCUCUCUGUCGUGCUUCUUCUUCCCUUACGUCCUCGUAACGUCACCUUCGCUUUCGCCGAGCCCGAACCCAUUCGUAUACCAUUUUGCGCCCCAGCGUCGGUUGGUCAUCGCUCCUCUACCUCUCCCACGCACGGUUGAGCCCCGGUUACUCUUAUCCCUUGCCGUUGUCUUCUCCAUACACUGCCGCAGGAACGCACAAUAGUGGCCUUCCUCUUCUUGUGCCUGUUGUUUGUUCUAGUACUUCCUUCUAGUCGCCCCGUCUUCGCCUCCCUUCCCCUGCUUCCGCAACUGCGUACCACGCCUCGCGCUGCUGCUCCCGUGGAGCCCGGCAGCAGUCCGCCAUGAAUAUCAUCCGCUCGACGUACGGCUCUAUCAAGCAGACGUACAACAGUAUAAAUCCCGCCACGCUCAGCGGAGCCAUCGACGUCAUUGUCGUCGAGCACGACGAUGGCACUCUUGCUUGCUCGCCCUUCCAUGUGCGCUUCGGCAAAUACCAGAUUCUGAGACCUUCAGACAAGAAGGUUGAAUUCACAGUCAACGAUGUCAAGACAAAUCUGCCCAUGAAGCUGGGCGAGGGCGGCGAGGCUUUCUUUGUGUUCGAAACCAAUGAGAGGAUACCAGAGGAUCUGCAGACAUCACCGCUUGUAUCCCCUGAGACAAGUCCUCAGCCACUUCCAGCUGAAAAAUCACCUAGUCUGCAUCUUCCCGAACCGGAGCCGCUAGAUCUUGCGAGGGACACGCGGAGAGCGAGAAGCACUUCACCGGACAAAGACAGGUCGUCGCUGUCCCAAAGCGAUGACGCUGCAGAUCGGAAUGCGCUGGCGGUUACGGGUCAACCAGUAGCGGCACCGCAGCAGAGACAGUCUGUUUCGGGAGAGUGGCCUGGUGGAACAAACCCGCGAGAUUCGAACACCCGAUCGGCUACAGAUGAGACUCUUGACAAGAGACGCACGUCGAUAGUGCACCAGCUUGGAAAAAAAGAUUCAUUGGCUUCCGAAAUCGAUAACAAAUCCUCGGAGGGGAUGGACGCAGAGCGACGGUCGUCUCAGGAAGCUGUUCUCAAAGCGACUGCAUUGUCGAAGAGAUUGUGGAGCGCCAAUAUUGCCUCCAAAGUCACAGAGGAUGGCGAUCUUAUGCUAGACAUGUCGGGUUACGGCGACUCUGAUGGGGAUGCGAUCAGAGUAGAGGCCCUCGCGCGCAGAGUACUGGCGGAAGAGUUAUCGGAAGAGGAAGCUGGAAACUACGAUAUUGGCUCGCGCAUCGGAUUAGACGAGUCAGGAAAUAUCUGGGUGUAUCACAGCGAGGAGGCGAAGGCCGCAGCAGAUAGAAGAGCCGGGUUGCAAGCAUUGAAAUACUCAGCUGCGAUACGAUCAUUCGACGCGAUCUCAGACCCUGGCUAUCACAGUGAUGAAGAUGCACGUAGCGGAAUAGGUGCUGUAGAAACACAUCAAGUUGAUUCAGCAAAUCGCAUUCGUCGCGAUUCGGACAGCGCCGUAGGUGUCUCAACACCGCCGGACUCGCCCACUCUCGACAGCACCACCCACAGCCAGACAAAGAGUUACGCAAAGACGCUAAGAUUGACGAGCGACCAGCUCAAGCAACUAAAUCUUAAGCCAGGCGCCAACCCAAUGACAUUCACUGUCAAUAAGAGCACGUGUCCUGCAUAUCUGUACCUUUGGAGACACGACGUCCCGAUUGUCAUCUCGGAUAUUGAUGGCACAAUCACUAAAUCUGAUGCUCUUGGACAUCUUUUCAACGCAAUUGGACGUGACUGGACGCAUGCGGGAGUAGCAAAGCUAUACACAGACAUUGCCAACAAUGGGUAUAACCUCCUGUAUCUCACAUCGCGAUCUGUAGGACAAGCCGACAUGACACGAAACUACUUGAACGGUGUUGUUCAAGAAGGCUACCGGUUACCACGCGGGGCUGUGAUAAUGAGUCCAGAUCGCACGUAUGCAGCUCUACGGCGAGAGGUGUAUCUCCGGAAGCCCGAAGUCUUCAAAAUGGCCUGCCUGCGGGACAUCAUGUCGCUAUUUCAGCCUCCGGGCAUGGAAAACCAGUCAAGGCCACGCACUCCGUUUUAUGCUGGCUUCGGAAAUCGCAUUACAGACGCCAUGAGCUACCGCAGCGUCAGUAUCCCCUCGACUCGCAUCUUCACCAUCAACUCCAACGCCGAGGUCUCAAUGCACCUCCUUGCGUCGGACCAAUACCGCACAAGCUACGUCACGAUGCGCGAGCUAGUCGACCACUAUUUCCCCCCGGUGGGGCUGCUAGUCAAGGAGGGUGGCGAAGAAUACACUGACUUCAAUUACUGGCGCGAUCGACCUCUCGAUAUCGACGAGUUUUCCGCCAGUGAAAGCGGCAGCGAGUACGAUGAAGAGGACGGUGACCACUACCGACCCAGUAUCGACGAGUCUGUGCGCAGUGACGACGGCACGGCGGAGGACAUGGACGCGAGCUUCUAUUCGCAGGGUAGCACGGACGAGAAUCUGCCAGACGCGGAGGAAGGCAUGGAGCCCGGCCUUGAAGGCUCGAUGAUCUUGGAUGAGGACGAGGGAAGCGUGUUGACGGGGGAACCGGAGGAACUCGAAAUCGACGAUCCCACCAACAAGCUCGGAGCGUUGAACCUGGCUGCAGAGACGACACCGCACGUGAGGGCUGUGGACGACGUCCGGGAGGACGGCGAGCUCGGACAUCUUUCCAAGGUGCUUAGCUCGCCGGAACGAAAGAGCACGACCAUUUGAGAGCGACCGGCUUUGGCUGUUCUGUAUCGAAGGCACCUGAGCGUUCUGGUUCUAGUUCUCCCCCCACCCCUUUCUACCCCCUUUGUUCUCGAUCUCGUACGAAUUUUUAUGUCAUAUUGCUGCAGGCAUCGGGACGGUGUUUUAGGCUCUUUUUUUUUUUCGGCCAAUCUUUUUGGUGUGUACGGCAUUUGAGCGCGGGGCGACAGACAUGCGGACUGACGCCUUUUUCUGUUAUCUUCCCCACGCCUCUGCAUAAAGAGCGCGCUGUGAUGCUUUCUUUUUUUCUUGCAUCUGUGGGCGUGUACAAUAGAUGGAAAGCUGUAAUGCAAUAAUCUGUCCAUGGUCCUUUUGUCCCGCUCCUCUGACCAGCGCACACAAUACCGUGGAUUCAAACCCCC